AUGAUGCGUCAAAAACACAAGCGGCCGGUGGAUAAAUCACGAAGCACCUCGAAGGCUUCCAAGAAUACAAGACUACCCAAAACAGAGAGCAGUUUGAAAAAUGCAGAAAAAAGUCUCAAGUUUAAAACUCGUGACAAGGAAUCAGAAAUGGUUGUACACAGCAUCUUUGAUCAGGUUUCCAGAUAUUGUCCUACUACUAAGUACAGCGAUGGACAAAUACAGACAAAUUCGAUGGCUUCUGUCCUAAAAUCGGCUUCCGACGAGAGAAUUGUAGUUACUCGGAAUUUCUACGCAGACCAGAGAAGAGCAACACAGGAGAUAUUAUACAAAGCAGCACGGGAAAAUGUGAGGGACUUGAUCAUGCGUGCAACCACACGUCGUCAUGAUCUUCCUAGCCCCGACAAGGGACAAGUAGCUACAACUGCCCCACUCCGAUUUGUAAAUUAUGACGUACGACAGAGGGCAUACCAAGAAUGGAUGAACACUGAGAAAUUGAAAAUGCAAAAGAUUAUGUAUAUGGCAGCCUCCGAAAUUGUACAGUACUUCCUCACCUUUCCAGCCACUCGUGCAAUGUUUGUCGAAGGAAGAAUCAUGGUGACACGAAAGUCUUAUGAAGACCAGAGGAAAAUAACUCAAAAGUUAUUAUACAAAGCUGCACAGGAAAAUGUGAAUGACCUGAUCAUCCAAGCUACACCUAACUGCGAUAUUCCUGGGAACAUACGCAUAGUAAAUCAGGACUGA